GAUGGACGACAACCUUUACCACUCGUCUACACCACAACACCGCCCCGACAAUGGCAUCAAAACGAGCGGCGGUACCGGCGAAGCACCUCGUCAAUGGGUUCCGGUUAUAUGAACAGCCCACGCGAUGCUUCGCCCGAUCUAUGGCCACGGCAUCCCAGGAGCCUCUCGCAGCUCCGGAAGAUACCAUCGUCGAAGCCUACGCCGAGUCGCAGAGUCCACACACGGCACCGCAAAUGUCGCGCGAUAUGCUUAAAGACACAUUUACCGUGCCUCCACCCGAAUCCUUAAGCGACGAUGUCACAAUACCUCUAUCAUGGCAGAAAGCCUAUCAAGCACCACCGAACCCCUUCCAAAAGAAGGCCCAAUGCACCAUCUACAAGUUCCCCUCCCUCGAACCGACCUCAUUCAUUUCCUACCCAGGCACACAUCUUCUUCUGCCCAUCCGCAAAGACAUCCUCCACCGCGCCGUAAUCUUCGAAGCCGAUGCCUCACGCCGCGGAACGGCGAGCACAAAAUGGAGAUCCGAAGUCCACGGCUCCAACCGCAAAGUGCGACCACAAAAGGGCACAGGAAGCGCGCGAUUAGGCGAUAAGAAAUCUCCCAUGCUCAAGGGAGGAGGUGUAGCAUUUGGACCCAAACCACGAGACUUCAGUACGGACUUGCCAAAGAAAGUGUACGAUCGCGCUUGGAGGACAGCGUUGAGUUAUCGGUACAAGAAGGGAGAAUUGAUCGUUGCCGAGGACAAAAUCGAUGUGACUCGCGUGCACGAGAACAGCUUGGAAAGAUACAUGACUGAUGUGCUAAAGUGGAAUGGGCUCGGGAAUCACGAUGAGAAGAAGUAUGGCAAAUCAUUGUUCUUGACACUAGAACGACGAGAAGGCCUCUUUGCCGCGCUGGAGAAAGGCAAGAUGCACAGACAUGCAAGGGCCAUUGAAGCGGAAUGGGUUGACGUGAAGGAUUUGCUGGAAGGAGGGAGACUAAUUGUCGAGAAAGCGGCGCUCGAGCAAUUGUUUGAAGAGCAUGAGAGUGACUUGAGACCCAGCGAGAAGCUGGUGAUGCAGAUGCCAGAAUUGUACGAUGAGGAAGUCGAAGCUGGGGAUCGUGCCCUUAGUUUGAGCUGAGUUGAAUAAUGUACUUCAAUAUGCUUCAUGAUGUAUACAGGGCACGCAGAGCUGUGUACGUUCUCAUGAUCUUUCAACUUGAGAUGCGACGAAAUGUCUGAUCACGUCAAAGGUCGCUCGCGAGAUCGGU